AUUUAUUGUGUCAAAUUAUGAAUAAAGGGUGUGAGUCCUCGUGCUUUUAUUUUGAAGUGCCGCUGCGGAGACCGGAAGCGUUGGUACGCCGGAUGCACAACAAACAUGGCGGACGAUCACACAGAGGUGGAGCAGUCCAUGGAGGGACACACACCUGUUUCUGAAAACCCACAUGCAGAGUAUGGGCUGACGGACAACAUUCAGAGGACAGUGGAGAACGAGAAGGCGAGCGCAGAGAAGAUGUCGAAGCAGAAAGUGGACCUGCAGGCGCUGCCGACCCGGGCGUACCUGGACCAGACGGUGGUCCCCAUCCUGCUGCAGGGGCUGUCGGUGCUCGCCAAGGAGAGACCGCCAAACCCCAUCGAGUACCUGGCUGCGUUCCUGCUGAAGAACAAAUCCCAGUUUGAGGAGAGAAAUUAAAGAGUCUCACUGGUCGAAGCUCGUUUCUGUUUGUUUUCUUUUUUUAAUUAGAAAUAAAGGAUGUGAAAAACA